AAACUUUUGGAUGUCCUCGGAGUGGCAAAAGAGUUGGGGAGAAAAGAUGUUCGCAUAAAACGCAACGCGAGGCGAGAGGAAUAAUAAUAACAGGUAGGUUGGAAAUUUAUAGAAUGAUGGGAGGGAGGCAAAUAUCGUACAUCGCGGCGUCUCAGCUCCUCCCUCUCCGACGCCUCCCAAAUGUGGCCAUCAUCGACGUCAGGGAUGAAGAGCGAAGCUACGAUGCCCACAUUGCUGCAUCUCUUCAUUAUGCAAGUGAGACCUUCUACGACAAAAUGCCUAAGCUCUUCGCCGAUCUCAAGGGAAAAGAUACCCUUGUUUUCCACUGUGCCCUAAGCAAGGUUCGCGGGCCAUCUUGUGCACAACAGUUCUCGGACUAUUUGGCAGAAAGUGAUCCAGAUGGGGCUAUAAGGGAGAUUAUGGUGUUAGAGAGAGGCUUCAAUGGAUGGCAGGCUUCUGGUAGACCAGUUUGUCACUGUACCCACCUUCCUUGCCAAGGUUCCUAAUAUGCUACCAUCCAUUUAUGUCUUACACAUAGUGUAUCUUAGUUUUCUGAAAGGUUGAAGUAUAUACUUGUCAAGCUUUUCUUUGGUAAGAAUGUUUCCAGGCUGCGGUUUGAACUGCUCUCAUUGGAAACAGAUUGAGCAGAGAACAUCCUCGUUAUCCCAUCUAAAAGAGCCCUUUUAAUAAAAUUGGUGGAAAGUAAAAUGUAAACUGUCUUAUCAAACUCAGAAUAUGUUAUCUUUGCUAUACAUUGCUUUGGAUUUUUACAGAUUGCUGCAAGGAUAUGUUUUAGAAUAGUUUGAAAUAUAUGACUAUUAUGCUUCUGAUAUUUGAAUAUUUGAAAUGCCAUGAGCCACAUUGUUUAUGGAGAAA